CCUGAGGCCUGACGGGCUACUUCCGGGAUUCCUACGUCGGCCUAGCAGGCGAGCUAAGUAGGUUGCUAGCGGCUAACUCAAGGAGGACCGAAUCGACCCACACCCUACAAGCAAGACACCUCGUGUGUUCAUGAUUAGGGUUGUCCAGCAACUUGCACAAAGAACCCAAGUGUGAAAGAAGAAAAGGAGCCAAAGAUCUUUUUGUUUUUUUUUGGGGGGGUUUUCGUUUGUUUAUUUGAGGGGGGGAAAAGGUGUGAAUGCAUCUAACCAUGUGACAUCCAAACUCUACGUGGCUUUCUUUAGGAGACGCAGUAUGGGAAAAGAGCUCAACCUGCAGAGAAUUUGGAGGUGGAAGACCCAAUCCCAGCAAAAAGUGGUGACACCUCGGUGACAUACACGGGACUUCCAUGUGGAAUGAGUUGGUUUUGUGCCCUUAAUGACACAGAGACUGACAACAGGAGUCUCAGAAGAUCCAGGGGACUCCACUUGGUUUUUUGAGUUAUUUUCCUAGUAAAUAAAAGGCUAGACAUCUUUUUUUUUUUAUGAUUUUUCUUUUUAAUAGCAGCUUUUUUUUUUUUAAACAAAUCCCAGCUGGACUUUAGUUUGAUGUUAAACGGCUUCCCACAACUGGUUUAAAACUGAAUUUGUUUGUUUAGUUGUUUUCCCCUGUGGACUAAGUUUGAAAUGCUGGAACUCUCCCUCCUGCCACUAUCCUCAGUUUCUUCCACCCACCCAGUGCCUAAAUAAGCCUUCUCGGGAGGAUCACAGAAGUCAUCAGCAGCUGCUGCGCUCAAUCCUCUGCCUGUUCUCCUCCAUGUGCUUCUGCUCUCGGCCUGUUGGCUGUACACCCACUACCUCUUUAAUUUUUCUGGUCUUUUCAUUUUCACUGAGCGGGAUAAUCAGAACUGAAGCCCAGUGAUGGAGCAUUAAUGUAAACCCUGAGCUGUUCCAGUGUUUUGUGCGUGAGUGCUGGUCCUUUCGCGUAUAUGCACAGCAGUGUUACGUUUGCACUGGUGCCAGGGAGUAACAGUAGAAGAUUAGAUUUAUUUAUAUUGUUGCACCAAAUACAGUUCCAUUAAAGCCAUACAAAAAUAUUUAUGAAUUACCUAUACAUAUUUUUGUAUCACACUGCUCUUGUAUAGUUUUGCUUUUAUAAGCUUCUAUUAAGGUUAUGCACACAAAUAUUUACAACAAGCUGUACACAGCAGUUUGUAUAUUGCUAUGUAAAAAAAAAUAAAAAAAAAUCUGUUUUUAGUGAUUAUAUUAGUACUGGGAGACAUUUAGUUUCUGGACACAGAAAACCCCUAAUGUUUCCCUUUAUUUGCUGCUUUGCAUAGUGUUGGUUUUCUUUUCCAGUCAGUAGCUAUGGCCCCUCCUCCCAGACGAACGCCACAUAUGUCAUUUUGACCUGGAAAGCACCCCUUUACAGCAGGUAGACAGUAGAUAGCUACCUCUCUCUGUCUUCCUCCACCCUCUCUCUAUCUCUGAUGCCUGGCUUCAGCAGUGGGGGGGUUGGGGGAGGAGUAGGUGGCGUUGCUUCUGCUCCUCCCCGUCCAUUUCGACCCAGCCGGUACGUCCCGGUGUCUGCAGCCACCACUUUCCUUGUCGGAGCCACAACGCUCUUCUUCUGCUUCACGUGCCCAUGGUUGUCAGAGCAUUUCUCCUCUGUCAUUCCUAUAUAUAAUGCCGUAAUCUUCCUCUUCACCCUCGCCAACUUCUGCAUGGCCACUUUUAUGGAUCCUGGAAUCUUUCCCAGAGCGGAGGAAGAUGAGGACAAAGAGGAUGACUUCCGCGCUCCACUCUAUAAGACAGUGGAGAUCAAAGGCAUCCAGGUGCGCAUGAAGUGGUGCUCAACAUGCCGCUUCUACCGACCACCGCGCUGCUCGCACUGCUCAGUGUGCGACAACUGUGUGGAGGAUUUUGAUCACCACUGUCCUUGGGUGAACAACUGCAUUGGUCGGAGGAAUUAUCGUUAUUUCUUCCUAUUCUUACUUUCUCUCACAACCCACAUCAUGAACGUAUUUGGCUUUGGCUUGGUUUAUGUCCUGCACCACCAACAGGAGUUGGACACGCCAGGUGCUGCUGUUACUAUGGGUGUGAUGUGUGUGGCUGGCCUGUUUUUUGUCCCAGUCGCUGGUCUGACUGGGUUUCACAUAGUGCUGGUGGCUCGCGGUCGAACCACAAAUGAACAGGUGACAGGGAAGUUUCGGGGAGGCGUUAACCCUUUCACCAACGGCUGCUUGAGGAAUAUUACCCAUGUACUCUGCAGCUCCCAAGCCCCCAGAUACAUAGGUCGUUGGCGGGGCCGGCAGAUGGUGGAAGUUCAGCCACCUUUUCUUAGACCUGCUCUCACUGAAGCUCAACUAGAAGCCAAGGUCUUGGACAACGGCAUCCAGAAUGACCGACAUAGCACUAGGUCCAAGAGUAGUCUAGAUCAGAUGGAGAGCCAGUCAGCGGAUGCAGAGGCUCCACCUCCUCCAAAGCCAGAGCUUCGUUACCCUGGCCUUCCCCGUGCUGACACAGAGGAGAGCAGCUUGCUGACUGAAGCACCACCUACGCCAUCAAUGUAUAAGUACCGGCCAACCUUCAACAGCCCAGGGAGAAACCACACUGCACUCACACAUCCCAACAAGAUGAUCCGUGGAGAGAGUCUUGACUCUCCAUCUCCUUCCAUCCUGCAGUCCAGCCGCCAACCUAGCUACCGCUCUGAGCCGAGCAGCUUGGAUGGAACCACAGUGGUGGGGGGAGGUGUAGGGGUGCGCAGAGGGGGAGGGGAAAGGGGCGAGGGCCCCGGAGGCCCUGGCGGGACUGCUGGUGGGGUGUUAGGGGGCAUGUCAGGUUACUCCCUGACUGGGCGCUCCUACACCUCCUACCCAUCCUCUCUGGUUCUGUCCACUGGUGGCUCACACUCCUCCAGCCUGCGCUCAGCACACACUGCACAUAACCCGCUGGCCACGCUCCAUUCAGAGGGCACCACAGACACCAGCUACAAAAGCCUGGCCAAUCAGACACCUCGGAAUGGCAGCCUGUCCUAUGAUAGCCUGCUGACACCAUCCGAGAGCCCAGAGUUCGAGUCAGCCGCCCACGAGCUGUCACCACAGAAGCCUCAUGCUCCAUUUCUCUCUUCAGCUGUAAGGGGCCAGACUGAGGUGGUGUCACCCAGUACUCCGCUGCAGGGCUACACGUCGCCCUUUCUCUCAGCUCAGAUUGCCCAGCAGAGGGAGGGGCAGCUGCUCCAGGGCUCUGCCACUUUCUCCUCCCCCCACAAGGCCUACCUGCGUGCUGUCAGCCCUCCCCUUCCCUCCUCCGCUGGGCCACUUGAGACCCACCACCUGCUUCAGCAUAACCAGGACUUCUCUUCCCGUCCCCCUCGUAACCCUUCCUCCUCAUCCUCUUCUCCUGGGGCUCGAUCGCUCGAGCCCCCUGUCUCCCCGCCUCCUCGUGGCCUCUCCCUAGGCAAGUCCCUGCCUUACAAUAUGGAGGCAGGGCCUCAGCACAAGCCUCGGCUUGCAGGAGGAGGUGCUGUGCUGGGAGGGGGAGGAGGGCAACAGGCUACACAAUCCACCUCUCGCCCAGUCUUGGCUAAUCACACCACAUCCAAACCAGGGGGAGGGGUGAAGAAGGUAACCGGUGUCGGAGGGACCACAUAUGAGAUAUCGGUUUAAGUGACAAACAUCCCACAUGAUCUGCCACAAGGAUGGGAGAAAGUCACUGGACAACUUCCACUUGUCUUUUACCCGAGCUGGAUAUUAUUCAUGACUGCAGGCUCCUGCUGCGCUGGACUAAGGGAGCAGGCCUGUUUGGUACUCACUUUAUUAUCUUUGUAAUGCCACUGGCCAGUCUUAUCUGCCAGCCUUUCAGAUUUGAACAAACAAUUAGCCACUUUGUGAGCCAUAGACUGAUGCGACUGUAUCAUCACAGCUGGGUACAGAUUUGUCUAUAGAGCACGCAUAGCUAGUCAAUGAUUUGCCAUUUUACUUUGGUACAUUAGCACACAGAGUACUGACAACAGUGUCUGACACUCAUAGAAAGGAUGGCCUUUAUCCAGUGGAUGUAAAACUUUAAGAGGGAGGAUUUCGGACUGUUGACCAAUAAUAAUGUCUGAACGGACCACACAAUCUGUAUAUUGAUAAGAAUCAUGGAGUAAAGAGUCCAAUCUAUAAAGACAGUAUCAUUUUAGUUUUAUAAGUCUUUUUUUAAAUAUUGUUUUAUAUAAAUGUAUACAGAUUAUUAUUGGGUGAAAUUGUCAGGUAUUGGAGAUGACUAUUGAUAACGGUGGCAGUUAUACUGUAUGUAAUUAUUCAUGAAAGCGAUUUAAAAAUCAGUUGCCUGUUGAGAAAUGAUGGCUGCAUCAGCUAUUCAAAGUUUUUGCUGGAGUUUUCACUGUCCAAAGAAGAAGAUGAUGAUGAUCCUUUGGUGGACACCUGAAGUGGCAAAAAAUUACAGGUUGUUUUUUUUUCUAUUCUUUCUUAAAAGCCACAAAGAAAUGUUAAUUCUCACAAUCGCAGCACAAGCAUCUUUGUGGAAUGUACGCUUGUAAUGUUUAUGCUAGAGACAUUAUGCAAAAUCUGUUUGUAGCUUUAAGAUCAUCGUAUGUCUUUUUGGUGUUUUUAUUCUCUUUUCUUUCUGAGAGGUUUUUGUCUGUCAGUCAGUCAAGAUGCUAGCAACCUUAUACCUUUAACAGAUGGCCAGCCAAAUAGGAGCAGCGGGGAAGGGCUUAUUUAUUUCACCAGUGGAAAGAAACUUUGUAGUUCUGUACUUGAUUUCAAACCAGUCCCAGAUAGUUUUUUUUUUUUUUUUA